AUGUUGACGCCUAAAGCCCUUGUCCUCUCGCACCGCAGUCGCACCGCGCCUGGCACCGCAGGGCACCGCGCGAUGUCCGCCAUAAAGACUCGCCAUUCGACGGAGCUGAAGACUCGCUCCACGGAAGAAGCGAUGAAACUACACGAAGACGUGGACCCUUCCAGGUGGUGCAUCACCUUCGAUGAUUUGAAGUUCUUCCAGUCUGAGGUCCAUCGAGUUAUCCAAGAUGGCGAGACCUUCAACGAGAACUUCGAGCCUUCCUAUGGGCCAAGCAUCUACGCAGUGAACGAACAUUACAUCAAGCCAGUGACGGCUGCUGCGGGCAAAAUGAGCUGGGCGUUGAUGAUGAAUCCUGACGGACUUGACUGUGACUUGUUCAUCACUCAUGCUUGGCAGGAAGAUGUCUUUGAGUUCACUGACAAGGUGCUAACAUCUUGGCCCUGGCGUGCACGUCAUGCUUGGUGUUGUAUGCUGGCAAAUCCACAGAAUCUUGAUAUCGCUGCCUUGCUUCAGUCUCCAUCAUCAUCUCCUUUUGCGCUUGCCCUGCAGAGUGCCAAAUACAUGUUGGUGGUGCCCAACCGGCAUCAGAGUGUCUACACGAGGUUGUGGUGCGGAUAUGAAGCGUUCUUGGCUUUUCAAAGCAACAAGAUCAUUCGGACGGCCAUGCCUUCUCUUUGGGGAGAAGUGAUGUUUGCCUGGCUUAGGAUGUGUCCAGCCCUGCUGAUCGGUAUCGUUGUUGGGAUUGUCGGGAUGAUUUCUGCUUCCGAUGAGGUAUAUGAUGGGGUGGAUGUUGCAUUUAAGUCGGUCGUCAUCAUGAAAGUCCUAGCAUUCCUGGCAAGCUUGGCAAGCCAGAAUUGUGGCAACAACCGGCUGUGUUUGAUUGCAAACCAUGUUGGUUUGGCCAGUGUUGUUGCCACCGUCAUUGGAUGCCAAAACCCGCCGGCAUUCUUCCAGCUACUUCCCAUCAGCGAGCGGCACAUCAUGCAAACAUCUGUUCGAAGCAUGAUAGUGAUGUACUUCGUCCUUGCUGAAGCUGACCGGAUCCACUGGAGGGUCGCGGAGCAAGAAGCAGACAAGCUACAAGACGACUAUCAGGGGUCCAUAGGUCACUCAAGUUGCUCCGAAAGGCAAGACGAGGUGCACAUCUGGAAUGAGAUUGGUGACCAGGUGGAUGAAGUCGACAAAGUCAUCCAAGUUCUAUUGAAGGCUGGUAUGACCUCGCAUGCUCUUCGUGAUGCGCAUGUGCAGGGGGUCAAGCUUCGGCAUGCUGGGGUGGUUCAAAUGGCCAUCCCCAUUCUUGCACUUGGGCCCUUGUUGCUUCUUGGAAUCUGGGACGUGGGCUUCUAUGUGUUUCUCUUCUAUGCACCUGACGACCGCGUCACCCAACUCGAUUGGUUCAAUGCUUCCAUGCAAGCAGUGUCCAUCAUUGCCAGACUUGGCUUCCUGACUCUUCUUCUGCGAUGCUCCAUCGACGAACGAUACUUCAUGCUGAGUGCGAUGACCAAGACGGUGGCUCCAAUUUGGUUCUUCUAUGGUGAGCUGAGUAUCUAUACCCAAGGUUCUAUCAGUUCCGCAUCCCGUGAUUUGUACCACCUCUCCUUUGUGCUCGUGCUGUUCUUUGCUAUCUUGGGCAUUCGUGGCACCUUGAAGCUGCCCUUUGGCCGGGUUCUGACGGAGGUCUUCUUGUCGAGGAUUAUCAAAUGUCGCUGUAAGAUGCAUCCAGAGUGUACGGAGACUGACUCGGAAUCGUCCAGUGAAGAUGUGCCCUCCUUUGAAGAUGUUGAAGACGCAGUGCUUUCCAAAAGGAGUCAAGCAAGCAUCCGGUGGUGGUCGCCGAGAUAUGCGUGCGGAAAGGCGUUUUUCAGCAGGGAAAUUGAAUGUUGUAUAUAA